UCAGUUCCCAGUUGACAGUCGAGCGAGGCGAAAUGCAAUCUCAGCUGAAGCGGAACACUUUGUUGCUACUGCUACUUUCGGUGGUGAUCUUGGCCAGCUGCAAGUCUGGCGGGGAUGCGCACGUUCGCGUGAAGCGGAUAGUGGGUGGCAAGCAGUCGAAGGCGCCGCCCGUCGAUGAUCCCGUGAUCUUCGCGAGACUCUUUGAUCGCGAUGCGCGAGUGGAGGGAUUCCGGAAUCCCAGCACGGGCAUCUACUCCUUUCUGGGAAUGCACUACGCGGAGCCACCUGUUGGUCCACUGAGAUACUCCAGACCGGUGUACAAAAGGCUGGCUGGUGACUUCAAUGCCACCAAACAUGGCCCACCUUGUAUACAGCCGCAUCCGCAGUUUCCUCAGAGGAUUAUCGGCGAUGAGGAUUGCCUGCUGCUGAACGUCUACACCCCGCAAAUGCCGGAUGAGACCACAGGGCUGCCAGUGUUCGUUUGGAUUCACCCGGGUGGCUAUCGAUAUGGAUCGGCGGCCCAGUACGAUGCCACGCCUAUGGCCCAAAGGGGCGCAAUCGUGGUGGCUCCUCAGUAUCGCCUGGGAUCACUGGGAAUAAUGGGGGAUGGCACCAAGCAGUUCGAUGGAAACCUGGCCAUGUUCGACUUGGCCGCCGCUCUCCGUUGGGUCACCGAUUACAUCUCCUAUUUCGGGGGCAAUCCCAAGCAGGUCCAGGCCAUAGGCCACGGAUCCGGAGCAGCCAGUGCCAUGUAUCUAUCGAUGUCGCCGACGUCGCGAAGCGCUGGCGAUGUUCACGGAGUGGUGGCCAUGUCGGGAACCGCUCUCUCUCAGUAUGCCAUGGACAAGGAACCCGUUCAGAGCGUCCAGGAAGUGGCCAAAAUCAAUGGCUGUCCCACAGGAAACGAGCUGGAAAUCGUCAAUUGCUUAAGGAGUAAAAGUGCUGAGGACAUAAUCAAGAACGAUGAUAAAGUUCAAACGGAGCGUUUGGCAGGACGUGCCCUGGUCAAAGGACUAACUGGAAACGUGGGCUUCCAGCCUCACAUCGAGAGCGAGGACGAUGGUAGAGCAUUGCCCAGUUUGAUAGUUGGAGAACCGGAGCAGCAGCUCAAGAGCAGUAACUUCUCGGGGAUUCCCCUGCUGACUGGAGUCACCAAGCACGAGACAGCAAAUUCCGUCACUGUGGAAACGAUAGAAAAGGUCUUUGGAUCGGCGGAGCAGUUCCUGGGAUCACUAAGUGAUUCUCUGAACAAGCUGACGAGUUUUCUGAAAAUCGACAAGCUAACCGGUCAGAUCGCCAAACCGGAACUGCCGGGCCUCACGAGUGUCCUGACUCCCACUCUCCAGGACGUUUGGAAGGUGCCGCAGGCGCUGAAUGUGGAUCAAGUACUUUCCAAGGUGGUGGAAUCAACGACCGACGUGCUGUUCAACCUUCCGGCUGUUCUGACCACCCAGGUUUGGUCCAGGCUAGCUCCAGCCUUUAUGUACAGCUUCGAGUACAAUGGCACCAAGUCGAAGGGAAUAAACUUCCUGAAGGGUCUACCAAUUGUCUCGGAAACAGCCCAUGAUAAACCGGAAACGGUGGGUCAUGGUGAUGAGAUCGGCUACAUGUUCGAUGCAAAUGACAUAUUCGGGAAUCCCAUGGAGGAGACUCGUUUGACCAGCGCCGAGGAUCUCAAAGUGCGCAACAACCUCAUCGAUCUGUUGGUCAAGUUUGCCAAUAAGGACAAGGAAGAGGGCGGAAAGAGUUCCAUUUUCCAGAGUGUUACGGGAAAAGCCACGCCUUUUAUUAAGAUAGAUACCAAACUGCAGACCUCCAAUGAUUUCCGCUUCUGCGAAUUGUCCGUUCUGGGCGCUUCCCUCUCUCCGCUAAGUUCCACCAGCUGUGCGGGAUUGGGUAACUUGCUAGGUCAACUUGGAAGCCUGGGAGGCGGAUUGGGAGGCACCCUGGGAGGAGUGGGCAGCACCUUGGGAUUGGGUGGCAAUGGGGGAGGUGGUAAACGGGGUGGUCUCGGUCUUGGAAUUUUGUAGGUAUAGUGUUACCUCUAUCACAUUGUUGUGUACUUAAGGAAUAAUAAAUGUGAAUAUUGUAAUCCAUAAUCUAUAUGCAUGAUGCACUAGUCAUACAACUUGUCAGAGUGCAAGGCUAAUCAUUUAUUCAUGUGCCGCAUAAGCGCUCGUAAAGUUUCCCUUUCAUUUCGAGUUCAGAUUGGAUAAAUCCGGCGGGUUCUAUUGAUUUAAGCUGUAGCCAUGACUGGUCGCUCAAUUAGCAGAGCUCUGUGCCGGCUCAAUGCCAGCCGCACUAAUCUUCCUAUUGACUUUGGUUGGCCCCUCCAAAAACACCGAACCCCUGGCACGCCACCCAUGGCAUCCCAGAGCCACAACUGAAAAGCGGCGAUAAGCAAAUUUCCGGCGCGCAAAAUUUAAACAAAGAGAGAGAAAUUUGUUAGAUGAAUGGAUGGCCGGGUGCGGAGGAGCGAGCAUCUGGGGGUCUGGAUGGAAGUUGGGGCCAGGCAGGCAGUUUUAUAACUUGUGGCCAGAUCUUAGCCCGGGAGCCUUCUGCAUAAUGUUGAUGAUGGUUGGCACUGGCAACAGUGCAAACAAUGGGCAUAAGCCCCAGCCGACGAUGAUGAGGAAUGGGCUGGCUGGUAAUGGGGGCAGGGUAUCCGAGUUGCCUUGACGCCUUUGUGCAAAUUCCCGGCAAGCGUUGAACUAUGACCAAAAAUGCCAAAGCCAAGCCAGAGCCAAAGUCGAAAGCCGAAACCAAAGCCGGCUUAUGGCGUCGGAGUUCCAGCCUUCUUCUCGACCAGCUCCAUUGCCCACUCCACAGUGGGGUUUUGCUGCCAAGUGACGAUAUUAUUAAUAUUAUUAAAACUAAUUUCAUGAAUUUGAAUCAUUAUCAAC